CCAGAUCCAGACGAAUUUUCUAAAGGCAACAAUGAUAAUCUUAAUUAUGUUGAAAAUGAUGUUCCAACUAAUCAUGUUGAGCGUCAUUCAAACGAAGACUCUAAUAAUAUGGAAAUUAAUGGUACUGGUGACUUUAAAAAUGCGACUUGUAAUCCGUCAAAUAAUGCAACUGAAGACGAUGAUGUGAGUAGUACCCAUGAAUUAAACAAUUCGACUUGUAAUACAUCAAAUAAUGUAACCGAGGAUAAUGAUGUUAUUAGUGGUACCCAUGAAGUUAUAAACUCGACUUGUAAUACUUUGAACAGUGUAAGUGAAAACGACGCUAUCGAUAAUACUGAUAAUGAUAAAGAUUUAACCUACGAUCCAUUAAAUUCUACAAAGGAUACUUCUAUUCAAAUACCAGUAAAAAGUACGGUUCAAAAUAAGUAAAUUUCAGCUUUGAAAGAAAGUUCAUUGGACAUACGAGAUGUAAAGAUUCCGGAUAUUAACUAUGUAAAUCCUAAAACUAAAAUCAAAACUAAACAACAUUUUUGUGUGUAUUGCAAGAUGUUGCAAAGCAAGUUUUCACGUCAUUUAAUGGUCAAGCAUAAAAAAGAAAAAGAAGUCAGGAAAUUUAUUUUUCUUCCAAAAGGACAUCGGCAACGUUUGAAAAUAAUCGAUGCCAUUCGUAAAAAAGGCGACUAUCUCCAUAACACUGUUAAAUCAUACAAUACGGGUAUAUUAAUACUUCCAAGACAACGUCAAGAAAACUCAACUAAUACCUCAGAAGAUUAUACCUGCUGCAAAUUGUGCAAAGGUUAUUUCCCUCAACAAACUAUUCGAUUUAACGUCAGUAACUUUCAAGAGGAUCGUAAUAAAGUAGCUCGCGAUUUCCUCAUCUCUGGCCGUCGUGUAACAGGCUAUAUUCAUGCAUUAGCAAAUGAUAAAUUACGCAAUCAUGUGUUUCCGGUUCUGCGGGAUGAUGAUAUUCCAAGAUCAAUUCGGUAUGAUGAACUGCUUAUAAAAUUUGCAAAUAAAUUAACUGAUAAAUAUACUUUGAAUCAUCAACACGACAUGAUAAGAGCACAGCUUCGUUUAUUUGGACGCUUAAAAUUGGAAAUAAUUUCACACAAUGAUAAAAUCUCUGAGUUUCAAGAAAUUUUUAAACCACGAAAUUUUGAUUUAGUUAUAAAGAGCUUAAGAGCUGUGGCUAACUGGAAUAACGCUACGAUGAGCUUCAAAACUUCAGCCGUAGCUCAAAAUUUAGUUACUUUAAUUACUAAAUGUUGCAAAAAAUUUCGGACUGAGUGUAUUAAAAUUCAAGAUGAGCAGAGCGAGAAAUUGGCUGAAGACUUUUUACUGUUGUGGCAAGAGGAUGUCCCUGUAAUGAUUAAUAAAAAAAGCUCAAGAAGAUCUAACCAAUAACAAACGAUUGAUAAAAGUCGUUCUUCCGUCAAAGGAAGAUAUUAAAUUAUUAUAUGAUUAUUUAAACAAAGAAUCUACUACAUGCUUAGCUAUUUUAGAAGAUGGAUUCAACUUUGAGGCAUGGAAACUUCUAACGCAGUGCACUCUCAUUUCUGUUCAAAUUUUCAAUCGUCGGAGAGCAGGAGAAAUUGAGAGAUUGAAGAUUGAAAAUUAUAAUAGUAAACAAGAUUUGACGGACCAUAUUGAUAAACAACUAAACAAUAAACUGUCAACUACCCCUAAGCAAUUUGCUAAGCAAUAUGUGAGACUCACAAUUAGAGGAAAAUUAGACAGAACAGUUCCCGUUUUACUAAACCCCUUAGCCAUCAAAUGCAUUGAAAAAAUACUAGAGUAUCUACAACAAGCGAAUGUGAGCUCAGAUAACGAGUUUAUAUUCAGUGUACCAGGAAAUAACGAUUUAUCGAAAAAAUAUCUUAGGGCUUGCCCUUUAAUGCGAAGAUUUACUGACGAUUGUGGGGCUGCAAUACCCAGCACUCUUCGGGGUACUAAUUUAAAAAAGCAUAUAGCCACAUACAUCAUUAUUAAAUGUUGAAGAAUGCCAGAUUGAUAAUUUGGCCAAUUUUAUGGGUCAUGCAAAAGAAAUCCAUAAAAGUAUUUAUCGAAUUCCUGUGCCCGUCGCCGAAAUCACGGAAGUAUCGAAAAUUUUAUUAGCUGCGAUCGGUGGUGAUGUGAAUGAUGAUGAUCCAAAUGAUGAUGAUGAUAAUAAGAACGAUGAGGAAAGUGAUAAAGACGAGAAUAGUGAUAGCAGCGAUGAUGAGAAUAUUGGACCUGUAAUUGAGCCAGUCAAUGAUUCUGUUGCUGUCAACGAGUCUCCUGAUACCAGCAGCAGCAGCAGUUGUAACGUGGCUGAACGGACCAAGAGUAAAACUGUCAAAGUUCGAAAAAUUAUUCGUAGAAGAUGGACUAAAAAAAAAGGACUCUACUUUUAAAGCAAUUUGAAAAGUUUUCAAAGUUGGAGAAAUUACCAUCGUUGAAGCAAUGUGCAGAAUUAAUAAAAAAAUACGCAGUAUUAAAGGAGAGGACAUCGGCUCAGAUAAAAUCAUUUAUUCAGAAUCAAAAAGGCCGUGUAUCUUACAAAUGACUUAAAAAAUAUCAAACCAUUUU